AUGUUCAUUUUAAAAUGUGUUGUGUUAAUAUUACAUUUUACUUUUCUGGAAAGUGUCAAGUUCAGAUGCGACUACAGGUACACUGAUAUCGGAUGGUUCAAGUACCACGAAAUACCAGCGACUUGGGACGAAGCCCGUUUACGAUGUCAUCUUGAAGGCGGUACACUAGCUUCUCCUACUACACCUAAAAUGAAAUCUUUAAUGUUGGAGUCAUUUUGCAAGACUGAAAUCUUUACUGGAAUUGCUGCUAUAUUCUCGAAAGGAGACUAUUUUACAAUCGCUGGUAUACCUUUGGCUGAAAUUUCUCAUGAAUGGGCUCCAUAUGAACCAGAUAAUAAAAAUAAUGCCGAAAACUGUAUAACUUUAAAUUCUGAUGGCAAAUUAUCUGAUGUAAGAUGUGAUGAACCUCGACCAUAUAUAUGCUACAGGGAGCAUUCGAACGUUGAUGUCAACGUUUGUGGUACUCCAGAUCCAGAUUACCAUUUUGAGACUCAAACAAACAAAUGCUAUAAAUUUCAUACAAAAGCGAAAAAUUUUGAACGUGCCCACAUGAUCUGUUCUGCUGAAGGCGCUCACCUUGCUAUCAUAAACAGCGAAGAAGAAGCGAAAAUCAUUACUCAAAUUUUCGCCAAAUAUCCCAAAGCAAACAUAGUCGGUAGUAUUUAUCAAGAUAUUGCCAUAAUCGGAUUUAACUACUGGGGCUUAAACUCAGAAUGGACAACUAUUCAUGGUGAAUCAAUUCAGAAGGCUGGGUAUGCAAAAUUUUCUCCAGGACAACCAGACAACUUUAAAAAUCGUGAAUAUUGUGGAACAGUGUACCGGACAGGGCUGCUAAACGAUGGAGAUUGUGAGGUCAAUUAUGCAUUCUUUUGUGAAAAAGCUCCCAACUAUCCUCCUGUUUGUGAUAAUGUUAGUAACACAAAUCACUCCCGAUUCUGCGAAAAUGAUAUCCAAGAUCAUGAAAAACAACUUGGCUCUACAUCCCGUAACAUUAUCUACCCGGGGCCCGUGUAUUAG